AAUUGCCGCCAAUAAUUUUAGUCGCCAUUGGUGUAUUUUUUUUUUAUGUUUUUGUCAUGUUCAUGUUUGUCUAUAUAAAAAAAAAUUAUAAUAAUUGUAAAUAAUAUUCUAUAAUAAUUGACUAAUGAGUGAAAAAAUAGUUGUAUAAUUAUAAAAAAGAAAAAAUAUGGCAAAUUUUAGUUUUGGUACACCAUCAACAACAACAGCCAAUUCUUCAUUUGGUGCAUUUGGUGCAAAACCAGCAGCACCAGCAUUUGGUACACCAUCAUUUUCUACACCAGCACCAGCUGCUGGUGGUGGUUUAACAUUUGGAACACCAACAGCAACACCAGCAACAAGUGCACCAACAAUAAAUUUUAAUUUUGGUGGUACAUCAACACCAGCAGCAGCAAAUGCAGGCUUAUUAACAAAUCCAGCAACGUCAACAGGACAAACAACAAAUUUUUUUGGUACUCCAGCACCAGCUGCAGCAGCACCAACAACAAAUUUAUUUGGCACACCAGCAUCAGCAGCUCCUUUAACUGGUAGUCUUGGGUUUGGAGCUUCAACUACAACUCCAGCAUCAACUGGAGGAUUAACAUUUGGUGCUGCUCCAACUGGGGGUUUAAAUUUUGGUGGACCAACAACAUCAGCACCAUCAUUUGGUGCUGCUCCAGUUGGUGGUUUAUUUGGAGCAAAAACAACAAUAUCAACUGCACCAAUUACAACAACAAUCAAUACAAAUAAAGGUCUUGGUGGUUUAGAUGUUUCAAUUAACAACAAAGGGCUUUCACAUGGAAGUAGUAGUCCAACAGUUGCCAAAGAAAAUCAAAUUCCCAAUGAGCUCAUCCAAAAUAUUGAUAGAUUCAAAGAAUUUGUAAAAACUCAAAAAGGACUAAGUUCAGAUAUUGCCAGAGGAUCAGCAAGACCAUUAAAUCGUUGUGCUGAAGAUACAGCAUCAUUGAUGGAAAUGCUUACAACUCUAGCUGGAUCUGUACAGCGUGAUCGUUCACUUGCUGAUAAACUCAAACAAGACACAGCAAAAGCACUACAAAAUGCUGAAAUUGCACAAAGAACUCAUGACACACCAUCUGGAUUACAAUAUGAAAAUACAGCUCCAUUAUUAUUUUUCAUGGAAUUGGCUGAAAGUUUUGAACAAGACUUGAUGUUAUUUAGAUCACAAAUUGAAACAACUGAAAAACAUAUACAAAGUAUGAUGGUACCAAGAGCUCUUACACCACAAGAGUUGACAAUGGCAAUGAGUAAAAUAUAUGAAUCAUUAGUUGCUGUUGCUGGUAGAUUACAAACAGUUCAUGCUAAAGUACAGCAACAAAAAGAACAAUAUCUUAAUUUACGAAAAUAUGUUCUUAAAGAUAGUACAAAUGUGUUUGAUGAUACUAGUAGAAUUGUUGGUAAAAAUAGUCAAAGUAAUAUUGGAAGAGUUACAAGUGGUCCAACACCAUUUGGUCCAGGAAGUACUAGUUUUUUAUCAUCAACGACAAUCAAUUCAGGUAGACAACCUGGUUAUAGUACACAGAAUUCUCUUGCUUGGGGAAAUGCAACACCAGUACCAUCAGCGACAAAUAUUUCAUCAAAUACAUCAAUGAAACCACCAACAACUGGUUUAAAUUUUAAUCCACCAUUAAAUUUGACAGCACCAUUGUCAUCAAAUGAAUCAAACACAAGCUUUCAAUUACAAAAACCACCGGUUGGUAAUAAACGAGGAAAACACUGAUGCAAAUGAUGGCGUAAUGCUUGAUUAAUUUAAACAAAAUUAAUCUAGUAAUACGCAAAUUUAAAUGCCUUAAUAAUUGCUUCAUUGCUCAUGACAAUUAAAAAACAAAAAAAAAAAAAAAAAGAUUGAAAUUGUCAU